AUGCGUAUUAUUUAUGUUCGCAAUCCAGAUUUCCAGGAAAAUGCAGGGUGCAGGAAGUUUGCAAUUCUUAUUUUAUCCAAAUGUGAUAAAUUAGAAGAAUUGUGCAGCGACUUCCAUUGCCUUGGAGCGUUAAAAGAGUUGAAUUUGUCCGGAUGCUGCAGUUUAACCAGACUUCCAGAUUUUUUUGGUAAACUAAAAAGUUUGCAAACUUUAAAUUUAUCCAAAUGUGAUAAACUAGAGGAAUUGUUCCAUUGCCUUGGAGCGUUAAAAGAGUUGAAUUUGUCCGGAUGCUACAGUUUAACCAGAUUUCCAGAUUUUUUUGCUCAGCUUGUUUGCUUGGAGAAUGUAGAUUUAUCAGGAUGCUCUAAUUUGGCUAAUAUUUCCGACGAUUUCCACACUCUCCCAUCAUUGACAAGAUUAAAUCUCUCAAAUUGUAAGAGAUUGGGUGCUGAAUGGAUGGAUCGUGUGGAAGGCAGUCAAAGUUUGUUGUAUGUAGACAUUUCAGGAAAUGAAGGGAUAACUCAGCGGUGGAUGGAAAUGCGAAGGGAGAAGGAAGAAAGGAAUUUAGCUGUGGUAACUGAUUCCUCCUUCAACAAAAUGGUGUUAAAAUUGGCGAUUGAGGACGAGAAAAGAAAGAGGAAAGCCCUUAAAGUGGUUGCAGUGGUGGAAGGGGUGGAUUCUGUGGCUGUGGACAUGAAGGAAAAAACGAUGACUGUAAUUGGGGAAGCAGACCCUUUGUUUAUUGCCUCAAGACUCAGGGAAUUCGGUUUUAAUUUUGUCGAACUGCAGAGCGUUGGGCCUGCUAAGGAGAGAAAUAAGGAAAAGAAAGAAGAGAAUAAAUCAGAGAACCCGACAACUGUGUAUGUUCCGAGGGUUUAUUAUGAUUACAGUUUGGAAAAUGCUUUACAAUCGUACCUUCUAAAUUCACCUUACAAGUAUCCCAAAGGCUCAACACUUUUGUUUCAUUGAGCUCAUUUUGCAGCCCUGCAACAGUGGCUUCCAACUCUGUCUUAGAAGAUUCCCACAAGCACCCAGCUUCAGACAAUUUUGCUUUCAAUUCUUCAGUCUCAUCAUUGUAUUCUC